AUGUACCCUAGAAUUUUUCGUGGUUAUGGAGAAUCGACUCCGUCCGCCUACAGCUAUGACGUAUUACGAACUCAAUUUUUCCCAUUUGCCCUUCUCCUGAGUAUAGCGGAUACUAGUGGAUAUAUUAUGCUUACUAUAUGCAUGUGCUUUGAGACCUCAAACAACCCGGGAGUGGAUUCUAUGGAGACAGACGCCCUUGAGCGAAACCCAGAAAUAAUCGACCUCGUAGCCAACGGGAGAGCAAACACGUCCGAUUAUUACCAAGACGGGGAGCAAGUUCCACUCGAUCGUCGGGGCUUUCGGGCCAGUGGGGAAAGUGGAAGAAAACCACCCCUACAACUCGACUCGGACAUUAACCGCACCGUCAGUUCAUCUUAUCCACAGUGGGCAAUUGAUGUUGGACAAACAACUCGAUGUUGUAUCAGGCUAUCCACUUGGAGAGAUACCUUUGAUGGACAAUUAACCACUGGCAGUGAGUUAAGAUUUGUUUGGGUCCAAUCAGAACCUUUGGUUGCCACAUAA